AUGGCACAGCUCGACGGCGUCAAGGAAGAGCUGCGUAAAGUCAUAUAUGCCUGCGACACCGAGAAGGCUGACCCAGUCGGUGACAGAGCCGGUGACACAGUCGACGAAUUGUCCGACCAGGCAAUGCAACAGAAGCUCGAUGCGCUCCCGCAGUACACCUGUGACUUCCUCGAUGCCACUAUCUCGGGCCAGACGGACGUCGUCGUGGUGCAGAAUCGACUCGGUACCAACAGAGACAAGACUGUUCAAGCCCGGGCCGAACCAGUCAUCAACAAGCUCAACAACAGCGACUUCAACGAUCUUGACGACAAAGUUUGUGCUAUUCUGCAAGGGUGUGUCAACGAGAUCAUGAGUGGUCUGCUCCUCGAUCGUUUCAAGGCCAAUCUGACGGCCUUUGAAGAUAUCACGGGCCGUCCACCCUUGAUCAAGGAUGCUCACUCCAAGGAAUACGUCUUCGAGAACGCUUAUCGUCUCCUUGAGCUCGUCAAGGACAACAUGUUCCACGUCAAGGUUCUGGCCGCUCAGCUUCGAAAGGAAGGCCUACUUGCUGAAGGGACCACCGACGAACAGUACCAGGGCGCUCUUCGACCAAUGUUCGCCCUCGUAGCAGUGAUGUAUGGCUGCGUUCGUGAGGGUAGUGUAUGGCUGACAGUCAUGGACUCGUUGAUCGAGGAUCUUGCUCGUCUCGUUCGUGGUCAGGUGGAUCCUCGUCACGCCACUGAGAAGAUGACCUUGGUUCGCAGAAUGCGUACCAACGAAACCAACGUUGAUCAAGUCUUGUCACUGUCUGAUGCCGACCGUGCGUCGCUGAAGCUUGAUGACGUUGCACGUCGCCGCUUCGCGGAGCUUGCACGAUUCUACCUUGGCGCGGUCAUGCUGGCCUUUGCGGCAGUCUCCUGGAAGAGCAAGAGCAACGAUGAGUCAUGGCUACAGUGGUAUGGCGAACUCUUGCAGUGGCAGCACGCCUGUGGUGCAGAGACUUGCACGGAGGACCUCAUCGUUCGACGGCCUGCAGUGUAUGACGAGGAGCUGGGCGCUGGUGACCAGGUUGCCGCCUUGUCCGACAACGAAGCGGCAUCUGACGAGAACGACGAGAUCAGCGACGACGAUGCUAUGGUCAUCGAUUUGGCCGCAGCAAAGAUUGCUCCCAAGAAGGUUGCUCCCAAGAAGGUUGCUCCCAAGAAGAAGUCUGCUCGCGAUGGCGUCAUUUCGAGAAGCAGAUACGGCCUUUCCGUUGGUGUUCUUGAUGCACGCAAGGGCUUCCCGUCUGAGAGAGCUCAGAUCUCGGAGAAUCGUGAGUGGGCCUACCCGUGCCUCUACCGUCUGACCUGCUGGAACAAGUGGCACCCGGGCUUUGGUCCAUUCUUCCACUACUUCGCACACCUCUGGCACUCCCCGUGCAUGCCAGCUCGCGAUAAGAUCGCUUUCAUCAUGACCAUCGACAACGCUGCUCGCAAGGCCAAGGACGCCGGACAGUAG